GUGACAGAAUAGAGGUGGCCGUGGUGUCGUCUGCAUCGAGUCCGAGUGAAUGAAUGAGAGGAUUUUGUUUGUGUGGUGUGAAAGUGGUAUUGUUUUUUUAGUGAAUGAAAACUCUAUAAUCUCGGAUGAUUUUGGUUUGAAUUGAAGAUUAUAAUUGAUAUAAAAAACUGUUCUUUCUUACCCAAACUUGAAUCUCCAAAAAUUCUCAGACAUGUGUCCGUUGUGGCCGCUACACAUCAUACUGAUGUACUUAGUAAUGUUGGCACCUCUGUGGAUGGUCUCAUGUCAGGUGGUGAAAAAGGCGACUUGGGCAGUUGACUUUCAUCCGGACAAGUUGUUAGGAUUACCAAUGUAUGACAUAGCACAAGUCUCACUCACAACUAGCGAUCUGAGCGAAGAGGAUCUAGCGAGUGGGAGAGUGAGCGUGUUUAGCGAUCACCCAGACAUAGCAGAGCUUCUUGUAGAUCAGCCAAUAGUGCUCAACACACAAAACAUCACUGGUGGAACUUGGACCACAGCGUUCAAUGUCAGCGCAAACUUCAUCGGUUACACAGAAGUGAAGAUGAGGAUUGACAGUAAAUCAUCAUCUCGUACAUCCGAUCCCCUCAAGGUCACUGUGACCCGCAAGAAGCGAAUAAUCGACACAGUAUUCAUGUCCAGCGUGAUUGUACUUGUAUCUAUCAUCUUCAUCAACUUCGGCUGUGCUCUGGACUGGCCUUUCUUGCGCAAGUCACUCCGAAGGCCUGUAGGUCCUGCCAUCGGUUUCUUCAGCCAGUUUAUCAUAAUGCCUUUGCUAUCCUACAUGAUAGGCUUGCUGCUCUUCGCAAACUCAGUGCCAAUGCGUCUCGGUCUAUUCUUCACAGGGAUAGCUCCGGCUGGCGGAGCUUCUAACAUCUGGACGUUCACUCUCGGUGGAAACCUGAACCUCUCCAUCACUAUGACGGCUGUCAGCACUAUUGCAUCUUUUGUGAUGAUUCCCCUGUGGGCAUUCACUCUGGGUCAGGAGAUCUUCAGCAGUGGUGCGAUGGUUGUCCCAUACAACCGUAUUGCCUCCUCAGCCAUUGGCCUCGUUGUGCCUCUCUCCAUCGGCUACGCUGUGCAACACUUCGCCCCGUCACUCUCCAAGCUACUUGUCCGCAUACUGAAGCCUUUCUCUAUCAUUCUCAUCCUCAGUAUCAUCAUCUUUGCUACGGUCACCAACUGGUAUCUCUUCCGAUUGUUCACUUGGCAGAUUAUGCUGGGAGGAAUGUUGCUGCCUCUCUUGGGCUAUCUGCUGGGAGCCAUGCUAGCCUGGACCCUAGGCCAGAGUCCUCAAGAUAUCCUAGCCAUUGCUGUGGAGACGGGCAUCCAAAACACAGGCAUCGCUAUCUUUAUGCUGCAGUUCUGUCUAGGCCAGCCUGAAGCUGACUUGACCACAGUGGUGCCUGUGGCUGUAGCUGUGAUGUCUCCAGUACCACUGCUGUCUCUUUACGCUGCGCAGCGAUUGGUCGGCUGCAUCGGACCAAAAACAGCCAAACCUCUACUACAAUCGCCCAUUGACGACUUUACAGUUAUCCCGCAUUCUGAAAAUGUUGCGUGACACAAACGAUCGUCCGUCUUCCGUAGUCUCUUGUAUACUUUUAAGUUUCCUAGGUUAGGUUUGUGAACACUCAUUUACCAGAUAAAGAACUUGAUGGCUAAGUCAGAGUUAAAGUGAUGAUAAUUAUGUUGUAUUUCCAUAAGGCUACUAAUUUUAAACCCCUGCUUGUGGGAUAUUCAAUGUGGUCGAGAUAGUUACCCAAUAAAAGUCAAAAUACUGUAAUUUUUUAAUGAUAUGUAUCAAAACAAUACAAAGGAAGAAAGAACGUCCAGACGUACCAGUAUUUUAAGUUUAUGUAAGAUAUUGUUUUCAUAAUAAAUUAUUGUUUAGUUUUAUAAGUUAUAUUUAGAAAUAUGAGCGGUAAUGUAACAAAAGUAAGCUGCUAAACUUAUUAUAACAGGCAAAUCAAAACUUAAGAAGAUUGAAAAAAAUAUAUGUACUUUUAUCCUUUAGUUUAUUAAUAUUUUUAAUUUCCUUCAUUCUCUGUCCAAUACUGUCCACUAAAUAAUAGUGAAUAUUGAGGCUGUGUAUUACCUCAACUUUAAAAUUCAAUGAUCAAAUUAAUUUUAAAUAUUUUAUAAACACAUUUUCUAAUUCUUUUCAAUUAUUUUCACUUUUACUCCUGAACAUUUAUUUUUUUGAAGACAAAUACAAAGUAAAUGUAAUAGAUGUUUCCAAAUUUCAGUACAUUCCCAUGUCAAAUGUAUUUUCACUAAUGUGCAAUUUUGUUAAAUCCUAUUCAUAUAUUUUUUUGUAAAUCCAUCUACCUGUAUUAUAAAUUAUUUAAUUCAUCAAUAUAUUUGUUUAGUUGUUCUUAAAUUUUUGCUAGUGUUAUAAGUGAUUGUUCAACAAACCAUUGAUUGUUUUGCAUUUUAUGUAGCAAUUUAUCUACUAAAAGAUAAAAGUGUUAAAUGAAUGGUGAAAGUCAUAUCGACAUUUUGCGAGUAAAGUAACAAUUGUUUUAGUAUCAAAACAACUUUUAAAAUAAUUACCUUAAAUUUAGUAGGUACCAAAUAAACAUGAUGGACUUUUAAAGUGAAUCUGGAUACUGUACCUAAAAUGUAAAAAAAAUAUAUCUGUUUAUUUUGUAAACAAAUCAGUAUUAUUGUUGAUAGUGUAUGAUGACAAUAUAGAAAUUUAUUUUUAAA